AUGGGCGGCAGAGCCGGCUUCUUCGAGAAAGCAAUUCUAGAUGGAUCCUUAGACCCAUCCUCUGCUGCAGUUUGUACCUUUCGGUGCAAGAGAAGCUUCAGACUGAGAGUCAGUUGUAAAGCAGCAGCACAAACAGAAUUUUCAGUGGAAAUCCUUGAUUGGGAGACAAAGAAACAGCUAUGCUUCCUAGAUAAGGUGGAACCAAAUGCUACAAUUAGAGAGAUCAGAUUGAUGUUCCAUAAAUUAUAUCCUCGGUGGUACCCAGCAAGGCAGUCAAUAAAACUUGAUCCAAAAGGAAAGGCUCUGAGGGAUGAAGAAAUCCUGCAGCACCUCCCUGUUGGCACAACUGCUACCUUAUACUUUAAAGAUUUAGGGCCACAGAUAGGAUGGACUACGGUAUUUUUGAUAGAAUAUACAGGUCCAUUGUUCAUCUAUUUUGUGUUUUAUUUCCGCAUGAAUUUUGUCUAUGGACUGGAUGAGAGGUUUACAUCAAGUCCACACCCAGUAGUUAACUUGGCAUGUGUCUGCCAUUCUUUCCACUACAUCAAAAGGUUGAUUGAAACAGUAUUUGUUCAUCGAUUCUCCCGGGGGACUAUGCCACUGAGGAAUAUUGUGAAGAACUGCUUAUAUUACUGGGGAUUUGCAGCUUGGCUUGCAUAUUACAUCAAUCAUCCUCUUUACACUCCUCCUUCUUAUGGGAAAAAACAGAUAAAUUUUGCUGUGAUCAUGUUUCUGCUGUGUGAAGCUGGAAAUUUUUCCAUUCACGUUGCACUCAGUGACCUCCGGAGAAAUGGAUCCAAAACCUGUAAGAUCCCAUAUCCAACAAAGAAUCCUUUCACAUGGCUGUUUUUCUUUGUAUCUUGCCCAAACUAUACAUACGAGGUGGGGACCUGGAUCAGUUUCACUAUCAUGACUCAGUGUGUUCCAGUGGGACUGUUCACCUUGCUUUGCUUCAUUCAGAUGACAGUCUGGGCAAAGGAUAAACACUGCACCUACUUAAGAGAAUUCAAGGAUUAUCCAAGUCAUAGAAUGCCAAUUAUUCCCUUUUUGUUGUAA